AUGGCUUCGCCAGGCUCGCGGCCACAGAGUGGCGACACUGCGUCACGCACAGGGACGCGGCGCAAGGUAUUGCUGCUGGGUCCCCGCCGCGCAGGCAAAUCAAGUCUAUGCAAAGUCGUAUACCAAUCCUACCAGCCCAACGAUACCCUGUUCUUGGCACCGACGACACGCACACAGAAGCUGGAUGUCAAGACCUUCCAGAAGCUGGAAAUUUGGGAUAUACCGGGUAGUGCGCUGCAGCAGUUUUCUGCAGGCACACACAGCACCGGCGUCGCGCCACCCGCAGAGAGCGCCGUGGAGAUCCCUUGGGCCGAGGUGAGCGCGAUCAUCUUUGUGGUCGACGCCCAGGACGACUACUUUGACGUGCUCUCCAAGCUGAACCAGGUGAUCCUUGUCGCCUACAAGAAUAGCCCGAGCAUCCACUUUCACGUCUUUAUCAACAAGGUGGACGGCCUGAGCGACGACUACAAAUACGAUACGCAACGCGAUAUCGAGCAACGCGUGUACGAGGAGCUGAUCGACUCUUCGCACGAGUUCCACGGGCCGUCGGGCGAGCCGGUGCAGCUGGACACGGAGGUGAAUAUCCGCUUCCACCUCACCUCUGUCUUUGACUCGAGCGUCUUUGUGGCUUUCUCGCGCAUUCAGCAGCGGCUGAUGCAGAACGAGGGGGGCGCUGACACCUCGCGGACGACCGACGCCGAGCCCGACGGUUCGGAGCAUCUCGUAAGCCUGCACGAUGCGAUCGAGUCGGCGUGCAACAGCCUCUGUGCGUCGUGCCUCCUCGAAAAGGCCUACAUCUUUGACGUGCCGAGCCGCACAUUUAUCGGGUGCGACACUUCGCCUUUUGACCUCCCUCUCUUCGAUGUGAUGUUUGAAUAUAUCAAGUUCCUCAGCCAGUUUUCGGCUCUCUACUCGGACGUUGCCCAGACGUCCGGCGCGAAAGCCACGCGCAAAUGGUCGGCGAGCGUCGUGCGCCUCGGCUCCGAUACCUCGGUCGCGUUUUGGCAACUAGACAACCACCUCGCACUCCUCGCGACCGUGCGUACGAGCGUACACGUACACAACCUCGGCAUCUUGGACUACAAUAUCGACCGCUUCCGCACCGCGCUCGCCGCGCUCGGACGCCUGGCAGCCCCAUAG